AAAUAUAAUAGAUUAUUAGGACACGAUUGUCAUCUUUUGAUUUGUGUCUUGUGUGCUCCCUCUUUCUUUUCUUCCUCGAUUGAUCUUCUUUAUAUAACCCUACUCUCUUUCUCUUUUCCCAUUCUUUCUAUCAUUCCCUCUCUCUCUCUCUCUCUCUCUCUCUCUCUCGGGAUCUGACCUCUUUCCAGUAACCUAUUCCCGAGGAGCACUGUCAAAUCUUGAUCCAGUCUUUGGUCUUUCAAGGAUCUCUCUUUCUCUCUCUAGUCUUGUGGUGAAAGUGUCAAUUCAAACUCUUCUGAUAACAAGCACGAGAGGAUCAUACAAUAGCCGAAACAUAAAGCUUUGUUAGAAGCUGUUCAAAAAGUUUCAGCUGGAUCAUCUAGAAUUUCUUCAGGUUAUCAUCGACCAAGAAGACUAAAAGAUGAACUCAUUUUCCCACGUUCCUCCGGGAUUUAGAUUUCACCCAACUGACGAAGAACUUGUAGACUACUACCUGAGGAAAAAAGUCGCAUCAAAGAGAAUAGAAAUCGAUUUCAUAAAAGACAUUGAUCUUUACAAGAUUGAGCCAUGGGAUCUUCAAGAGUUAUGCAAAAUUGGGCAUGAAGAGCAGAGUGAUUGGUACUUCUUUAGCCAUAAAGACAAGAAGUAUCCCACAGGGACUCGAACCAAUAGAGCGACAAAAGCAGGGUUUUGGAAAGCCACGGGAAGAGAUAAGGCUAUAUAUUUGAGGCAUAGUCUUAUUGGUAUGAGGAAAACACUUGUGUUUUACAAGGGAAGAGCCCCGAAUGGACAAAAGUCCGAUUGGAUCAUGCACGAAUACCGCUUAGAAACCGAUGAAAACGGAACUCCUCAGGAAGAAGGAUGGGUUGUGUGUAGGGUUUUCAAGAAGAGACUGGCUGCAGUUAGACGAAUGGGAGACUACGACUCAUCGCCUUCACAUUGGUACGACGAUCGACUUUCUUUUAUGGCCUCCGAGCUUGAGACGAAUGGUCAACGACGGAUUCUCCCCAAUCAUCAUCAUCAGCAACAGCACGAACACCAACAGCAUAUGCCAUAUGGACUCAAUGCAUCUGCCUACGCUCUCAACAACCCUAGCUUGCAAUGCAAGCAAGAGAUAGAACUACACUACAACCACAUGGUACAACAAAAUCAUCUUCUUGGUGAAUCUCAUUUAUCAUUCUUCCAACUUCCUCAGCUAGAAAGUCCUAAGAUUCAACAAGAUAACAGUAAUUGCAACUCUCUUCCUUACGGAACAAGCAACACCAAUAAUAACUCGAGCCAUAAUGCUAAUUUGCAGCAAUCAAAUAUCGCGCAUGAAGAACAACUAAAUCAAGGGGAUCAGAGCUUCAGCUCUCUAUACAUGAACAACGACAACGAGCAAGUGAUGGACCAAGUCACUGACUGGAGAGUUCUCGAUAAAUUUGUUGCUUCUCAGCUCAGCAACGAGGAGGCCGCCACUGCCUCUGCUUCUCUACAGAACAAUGCCAAGGAAACAAGCAAUGCUGAGUACCAAGUUGAUGAAGAAAAAGAUCCAAAAAGGGUUUCAGACAUGGGAGAAGAAUAUGCAGCUUCUACUUCUUCUAGUUGUCAGAUUGAUCUAUGGAAGUGAGCAGACAGAAUAUUAUCUCAUAUAAAUGCAUAUAAAUAUAUAUAAUAUACGUACACACGAACACAGUACUAAUCAAGUGUAGAUGAUGAUGGUACAGAUUUAUGUUUGACUUGAUUUUCAAUUACUACAUUAUUGAACUGAUGUUAUAUGCAUAUAGACAUUGCGUAUCUAUGCAUGUACUCAAUAUGAUUAACCAUAUGUAAACUCUAAUCUAAAUGUAACUUCAAUAUUUUUUUAAUAAUAAUUGUCUCUUCCCACUAUUUUAGUAUUUAGAUAAUCUUCUAGCGAAAUAUACUCAAACACUAACAAAAAAACCUCAAAUUUAUCUAUCACACAUUCUCUCUGUAAUAUAUCCACAUCUCAAUUUGUUAUUUUAGAUGUGUUCACUUUUUAAUAUAACAAAUUUCAGACACUUGAAUUUCAUAUUUCUGGACAACUAUGCAUGAAUUAUGUACUUAAUAUAUAUGUACAAUAGUAAAAUACACACAAUCUACAAAGGUCAUAAGCAUAUAUAGCAAAUUCAGAA